AUGUUUCCUUCGUUCUCGAAACUCUUCGUUGCUACCUCUUUGGUUGCUGCCAGCUUUGCUGGAGCGGCUCCUCUGGAUCAGCUUGAAGAGAGGUCGACCAAGAACCAUACUACGGUCAAGCCCAAGGUUAUCAUGGACAAUGACUGGGGUACCGCUGGAUUCAUCCCUUAUCUCAUGGCUCUUGAUGCCGGAUGGGAUGUGCUUGGACUGGUCUCGGAUACUGCGAACUCUUGGGCUCUCCAGUGUGGACUGCAUGCCCUAGCUACACUUGAGAUCGGCAACCUGUCUUGCAUUCCUGUUCACAAGGGUGCCGAUUAUCCUUUACUGAACACUCCUGAACUUUUCCAAACUUGGGAGAUGGUUCAUGGAAAACUCGCUUGGGAAGGAUCUUUUGCGCCCGAGAACCUGACGUAUGAGGCAUUGGGAAAUGACCCAACUUCUGGAGACCCGACUCGGGUAUCAAAGGCAGCCCUUUACGAAGGCUACCCCAACACCACAUUCGCUUCCAAGGACGCUGCUUGGUUCAUGAUCCAGCAGGUUCGCAAGUACCCUGGCCAGGUCUCGAUCUACUCGGCGGGUGCUUUGACAAACAUUGCCCUCGCCAUCCGUAUGGAUCCCGACUUUGCGAAGAACGCAAAGGAGCUUGUGAUUAUGGGAGGUUACAUCGAUGACAACCUUCUGCAAGUCACCGGUAGCGUUAUGCAAGCUGAUUGGACCUACACGAUCAACCUCAUGAUCGAUCCUGAAGGCACUAAGAUUGCGCUCACAGCUCCCUUCCCAAACAUCACCAUCGCUGGUAAUGUCGCCAACCAGGUCUCCGUCACCCAAGAGUACCUUGACGACAUUUACAAAGUCAAGAACCCCUACUCCAGCUUGAUGCACAAGUACUAUGGUACCAUUUUCCCACUUUGGGAUGAGACCGCCGCAGCCAUUAUGCUGGAUCCCACCAUCGUCAAGAACACCACAAGCUUCUAUCUUGAUGUCGACACUGCCCCUUCAAGUCCAAACUACGGUAACAUUCACGCAUACCAGGAGGCCCUUAAGCCCACCGCACAGAACCUCCAGAAGGUCAACAUGGUUGUCUCGAUCGACGGCAACAGACUCAAGAAGUGGGUUAAGAGAGCUGUUCAGUACCCCAAAAGCUGUUCAGACUUCUAA